AAACCGGAAGAGUUUAGUCUGAUUUACUUUCCAAACUGUGAAAUCUGCGGUAUGCAAACACAUGAUUUCAGAUGUCAUGGGUUCCCAUUUCUUUCUUUAAUAGUUCAUCGUCAUUUACCAUAAAAUCUUGCUAGUGUUUUCGGUGUAGUCUGAUAGAAACUGAUAAAGUAAUUGUAACAAAAAAAAAAAAAAAAAAAAAAAUCGAAAACCUUUAAUUUGAAAGGAGUACAGGAAACGCAUCACGUUGUUAAAAACACAAACCGGAAAUGUAUUUUUAGCUUAAAGCUAACGUCAACUACGUGGUUGGUUUGCUGUUAAACGGCUAAAUAUAAGUGUUUUCUUGCUAACUAGUUGGUCUUUUAAACUGUAUUUAUAAGGAAAUAGUCCCGGUAAACUCGCUGCCAGACAGAGAGCUGUCUUCCUGCUCUGGGAUCACUCCGCCACCUUCGCUGCGCUCUCCGGCCUCGUUUCCAGCCUCAGUCUGUGGAUGAGCCUGGCCAGUCGCCGCCUUCCUAGAUGAAGAUGUCCCUGGCUCAGCGAGUCUUCCUCUCCUGGAUCUUUGCCCUGGUCUUCCUCAUCAUGCUUGCCCUCAAGCUGGACUCCAAAAUCCAGUGGAACUGGUUCCUGAUCUUCCUCCCCGUCUGGAUCUUUGACACCAUCCUCAUCCUCAUGCAGAUCGUGGAAAUGGCGGGUCGCUGCAAGCCGGACUUUGACCCCAGGGACGAGGAGAAGAGCGUGAAGAGGAGGCUGUGGUACCUGUCUGCCCUGCUCCUCAAGCUGGCCUUCUGUCUGACUCUGUGCUCCCGGCUGCAGAAGCUGACGGACAUCUGGGUCAGCGUGGUGUGUGUCCCACUUUGGGUGCUGCUGGGUGGAGCGCUGCUGGAACUGGGAUACAGUGUUUUCCAUUACAGGAGGGACUGAACGAGGGAAGAAACCCUUGCAAAACGGACACAUUGUUAUUUUUAUAUAUAUUCACCUCUUAACUGAGGAUGCACAGUUUUAGUUGUUAUUUUAAAACCUGCUGCUCUUCAGUUGUACGGGACUGAGAUUGUUUUUGGUUGCACCAUAACAAGAGAAAACAUUGGCACUUUGCUUUACAUCUGACAACUUCACAUCAAUUUCAACAUGUCUGGGAUUGUUGAAUUAAAUCCAGCCCUCUUUUAAAUUUUACUCACAAUGCCGCUUUUUAACAAUUUUAAAGUAAAAUAAAAAAAGAGAGACUUAAGCUGGUUUUAAGAUCCUCCAUGAACAUCAUUUAUUGAUUUUUGCUGCACUGUCAGAGGUUUUAUGCUAUUUUGUUCUCCAAGGAGAUAAAAGUCAAUAGUUAACUGGAUGGAUUAAAUAUUAUUUACAUGUUGGCUGUAGACGGUAAGGACAGACUUACAUAUGGAAAAAAUAUAUGAUUCUUAUUAUCUUAUUUAAGAAUAAAAUAAGAAUAAAACAUAACUGAAAGUGUGGAGUUUGUUUUUGGGCACUUGAGUAAACAUUUUAGCCAUUUUUUUCAUUUUGAUAGCUGCUGGUGUUUUGGGGGAAUGUCUCUUUACUGAAAUAUUCAGCCCCAAAUAUUUAUUCCCAAUAUCGCUGACCGGUUUCUUUGUCUCUGACUCUCCCACCUGAGCUGUGACUCUCUGCAGCCACUCCAGAGACAUCUUGAUAUCUUGACUGCUUCCUGAUUUUUGUGCGUUUCUUUCUUUAUGUAUGACACUCUUAUAAUUUGUAAAAGAAAAAAAGUGCCUUAUGUUUGUCUAUCAUUAAAACCCUUAAACAUUGAA